AUGAAAACUUCUUUGAUAUUUGUCCUGCUAUUUAUCACCAUCAUAGUAGCUUUGAAAGCUGCUCCAAUAAUUGAUCCUCCGAAAAGUACAUUAUCACUUAUCAAACACCAUCCUCCAAAACAUAUUAAAUGGUCUGACCUACGUGAGCAUCAUAAAAAACGUGCAUUAAUUAAAUAUCAAUCAUCUAUCAGAAGGGCAUACAAAAAAGGUUUAGUAGACGAAUCUGUUAUGAGUGAUCUCGAAGAAGCUCUAAAACCCAAAGAUGAUUUAAAGAACAAAAAACGGGUAACCUCUAUUGAUAAUAUUAGUGGCAUUAGUAAUGAUAUUGGAUACUUUGGUCCAAUAACUGUAGGAGGUCAACCAUUUAAUGUAAUAUUUGAUACCGGUUCAUCAGACCUAUGGAUUCCUUCUAUGAAUUGCACAUCGCCUGCCUGCUCAAAUCAUACAAAGUUUGAUCCUGCAAAAUCACAAAAUUUUAAAACUUCAAACACUCCUUUUGCUGUUCAAUAUGGUUCCGGUUCAGUUUCUGGAAUUUCUUGUACUGACACUGUAGUUCUUUCAGGCAUAACUGUUCAAAAUCAAGUUUUUGGUCUCACAUCAGUUGAAUCUAAUGAUUUCAUAGGUUCUCAAUUUGAUGGCCUAAUGGGUAUGGCUUAUGAUACUCUUAGCACGCAAGGUGCCUCAACACCAUUCUCUAAUAUGGCUCAGAAAAGGCUUGUCACUCAGUCAAUGUUUGGUUUUCAUUUAUCUAGAGCUGAGGAUCAUGAUAUAGGUACUCUUACUUUUGGUGGUGCUGAUCUUCGUUCAUUCACUGGAUCAAUUAAUUUCAUUAAAUUAGUUUCUACUUCUGGUUUUUGGGAGAUACCUAUGAAUGAUGCUUCUGUUAAUGGAAAGUUGUUGAGUUUUAAAAAUAGACUUGCAAUUAUUGAUACCGGUACUACUUUAGUAAUUGCUCCACCAUCUGAUGUAGCUGCUGUUCAUCAAUUAAUUCCUGGUUCUAGAUUAAUACAACAAUUAGGGGAAUAUGCUAUUCCAUGUAAGACAAAUGCUAUAGUAGCUUUAAAAUUUAAUGGUGUUAGUUAUAGUAUUAAUGUAAAAGAUUUAGUUCGUGAUGUUGUUUCAAUUCAAUCAAAUCUUUGUUUAUCUGGAAUUAGUCCUGGUGUUGUGGGUUCAAAUAAUCAAUGGCUUGUGGGUGAUGUCUUCCUUAAAAGUGUUUAUUCGGUAUUUGAUCUUGCUACAAACUCUGUUGGAUUUGCAUCACUUAGUUAA